AAAAAAAAAGUUGAGCGACCAUUCGGGGUCAGCAAAAAGCGGAGUGCGGUAAGCGACGUUCUUCUUUGGAUAUUUAUUUUCUCUAUUCCGGAGUUAUUAUUUUGUAACUAACUUCAGGAAGAGGAAGUGUUUUAUCCCUUCGAAACAGGCGUGCUAAGUAGGGCUUUUCACCGCUCCUCCUUCUCCCCUGCCCGCCAUAUUCUUGCAAUAAUUUAAAUAUCACCCCCGUAAAUUUUCACCUUCGAAGUCCUGCGAGAUGUCUAUGAUAACAGCAACUACAUGGGUGCGCCGCGGUGUGGCUGCGCCAUUCCCAGAAAAAUAUGAAAUCGACGAAGAGGAGAUCAAUCGAAUAUCGGAGCUCGCGAAGCUUCAGCUCGAGGGUGCGAAGAUGGAUUUAAAACAAGCGCAGAAUAAAAAUGGCAAGGACGAGAUGGAAGUGGAAAAGGAAGGGGAAGAGGAGGUUGAAAAGAAUUCUGCAAAGUCAAGUGGGGAGGGAAAGGGAAAGGAGAAGACAAACGGCAGUGAUGGCAAGAAAGGCGAUAGCAUCGAUGAUGACGAUCUGAAGGAAUACGACCUCGAUAAUUAUGACAGUGACCCUGUAGAUGAAGAUGGCGAAAAGGUCACCAUGUUCGGAAAUAUCAGGUCGCUUGCGUACCACCAACCUAACGAGGAGGAUCCAUAUCUAGUUGUCCCAGAGGGAGUUGACGAUGACGAGGACGACGAGAGAGAAGAGUUACAGAUUCUACCCACGGAUAAUCUUCUUCUGGCCGCUAAGGUGGAAGAUGAAGUCGCACACAUGGAAGUCUAUGUCUACGAAGACGAGGCAGAUAAUCUCUACGUACAUCACGAUGUCAUGUUGCCAGCAAUCCCAUUGUGCCUGGAGUGGUUGGAUAUACCCGUUGGCAGGAACUCAGAAAACAGAACGUACGGCAACUUUGUCGCAGUAGGCACGAUGGAGCCAGAUAUCGAAAUCUGGGACCUAGAUAUUGUGGACUGCAUGUAUCCAAAUGCCAUCCUAGGCCAAGGCGGCCAAGAGGAAAGCUCGGAGGCAGGCACGAAGAAGAAGAAGAAGACGACAAAGCCCAAGAAAGCGAAUGACGAGUACCAUGUGGACUCCGUCCUUGCUUUGGCAGCUAACAGACAGCAUCGCAACCUUCUCGCGUCCGCCUCAGCGGAUCAGACUGUCAAGCUAUGGGACCUGAAUACAACCAAAUGUGCAAAGUCUUAUACCAACCAUACCGAUAAAAUCUGUGCCUUGGACUGGCACCCGAAGGAAUCAACAGUCCUUUUAAGCGGGAGUUACGAUAGGACCGUUGUAGCUGCUGACAUGAGAACCCCAGACGCGAAGGCUGCUAGAUGGCGAGUUGAAAGCGACGUCGAGAACGUUCGAUGGGACCCACACGAUCCCAAUUUCUUCUAUGUCACCACCGACGGCGGGAUGGUGUACUGCCACGACGUCCGACAAGCGUCCGCCCAGCCAGAAAACCCAAAGGCAGUAUGGAUGCUACAAGCGCACGACUCAUCCGUUUCGUCCUUCGACAUCAACCCAACUAUACCUGGCUUCCUCGUUACUGGCUCGACUGACAAGCAAGUCAAGCUCUGGAACGUGCAGGAUAAUAAACCCAAUAUGGUUGUUUCGCGGAAACUUGAAGUUGGCAAGGUCUUCUCCACAACGUUUGCGCCAGAUCAGGAGGUUAGUUUCCGUCUUGCGGUUGCGGGGAGUAAAGGGGUGGUGCAGAUCUGGGAUACGUCUACGAAUGCAGCUGUGCGCAGAGCUUUUUCUGCGCGCUUGGGGCCCUCAGCGGGGGAGGAAGUUAGGGAACGGAUGAUUGGCAUAUCACAGAAUGACAGUGAUUCUGAUGAUUCCGAUGCGGCUGAGGGGGGUGGGGAGAUGGGUCAAGAUGGAUGGGAAUCCAUCGAUGAGGAUUAAGAUCUUUUUUAUAUAUAAUUUGUUUCCUUUAUCACCCUUCCUCGGGUUAUUUACUGCCUUUACCACGGAGCAUUUUACGGAGUUCAUCUGGAUAUAUACAAUUUUAAAAUUGCGAUUGCAAUGAAAAGAAAAGAAAUAGUUACACGAUUUGAUUAGCCCCUUUUUCUUUUACAUUUUCAUCUCAAUCUUCUGCGCGCGCACAUCUCCUAGAUUGUUCUUCCACUCCAAAUGAAGGAACAAUGCCAAAAGUCAAAAGAUUCUUGAAGCUCUUGCUUCUAUGUUCUUGGAUAAACCACUUCCCACAAUAUUCCCUUCCCUUGACUGCAUUUCAAAGAACCUUGGAACAACGCCAAUUGCUAUAGCAACUCAACCACUAUUUGUUCCGUACACAGGUCCUUUCAAAAUGUUUAUUUGCCCUACCACCUCCACCGCCCUUAUCUUUUUUCCAUUAUUGAAUUCAUCCCAUGUCCCCCAACAAUCUAACCAGUUUCUUUCUUUCUU